AGUCGAGGAGAGCGGUCAUUCCAAAGCUCCCCUGUUCGGAAUCAGACGACGACUAUUGCCUGCAGGGUGUUAUUCGCGUGGCUCCUCAAGAAGGUACUGGGCAGUACCUUCCGUGUAGCGCACCGUAGGGUAAGUACCUGCUUUAGCGCCCCCAUGUGGGCGGGAGCUAGCUGUGUGGCUGGAGCCAGGCCAAUAGUCCAACCCCAGACCACCUCGCAGGGGGCGGCUCGUUUCCUCCGAAACAGCGCGUGCUCAUUGCGAUUCAAAGGUUUCCACCUACGACCCACGGUUUCUCUGCGAGCGACGACACAUUCAGCAGCGACAGCAGCGCGACUCGCCACUGCGACGGCACGGCCAACAACAACAACGACGACGACGCCGCCAUGAUGUAGCGACUCCCACACCAUCGGCCUAAUCAAACUCACAAGCUAGCGCGCACGCACGGCGGCUACCGGCUACCGGGACCCUGGAGCGCGAGGCUCUGGCCAUGGCACGCCCAACAGACGCACCCUCCCAGAAGCGCAAACGCAUCAGUCUGCCCGCUGUGGCUGCGCCCGACAUGGCCAGUGCCAGAGAGAUCAGGCCAGCCGUUGACGAUGCUGGCGUCGGCACGCCGCACACCAGGGUGGACGCUGGCAGCCACGCCAGCAUCUCACCUUCCUUCGUUGUGACUAUAGCCGAUAGCGACCAGGACAUCUAUCCCCAGGCCAUGACAGAGCCACCUGUACCCGAGCUCGACAACGACAUGUCCACUACCAGCACUGAAGAUCUCGCCAGCAGCGUCUACCACGUCAGUCCCUCGUCGGCCAGCCUGGCGAGAGGCGAUUACCUUGACCCCGCCCUCGUCCCUGCCGAGGAGCAUGCUUAUAGGCAGGACGAUGCUGUGAGCAUGUACCAUGGCUUUCUCGAGACUCGCCCUAUGGUUCUCUCGUCCGUGGAGGACGAGAGUGGCUCAGAGGCGUAUAUCGACGAGGACGGCGAGAGCACAAUACUCUCGACCCGAUCAGUGAACCCCCUGGACCUGCCAUAUGUUACCGAGAAUGACCGUACAUACUGUGGGGACUAUUACAUGCCUGUCGACGAAAUGGAGCUGGACCGACUCUACCUGUUUCACCAGGUAUAUCUCAAAAUCCUGGAUUCGCAGCUCACAAUUGCCACCUUGGAGGAACCCAAGCAUAUCCUCGACAUUGGCGCCGCCAGCGGCGACUGGGCUAUGGCCAUUGCCGAGAAGUUCCCUGAUUGCGAGGUCACUGGGGUUGACAUUGCCGACGUCUUUGAGCGCCGUGCGCCCAUCAACUGCUUCUGGGAGGUCGACGACGCCGAGAUCGAGUGGGAGCGCCCUACGAACCGCUACGACCUGAUCCACCUCCGCAAUAUGGACGGCGCAUUUCGUGACUGGGCCUUCAUUUACGAAUCUGCAUACCGGUGCCUGAAGCCUGGCGGGUGGAUCGAGAUUAUGGAUUUUGUCGACCACCAGAACUCCGGGGGCGCACUUGCACAUUUCAAGCCCACGUCCCAGAUUCAUCGUUUCAUGGCGAGUGUCGACAAAGCCGCCGAGCUCGCCGGCAGGCCACGGGGCACGGAGCAUCUGGAGCCGCGUAUGCUCUUCGAUGCUGGUUACGUCGAUGUCCAUGUCGAGGAUCACUGCAUACCAUUCAAGCUCAACGACGGGGCGAUCGGCAAGGCCUGGCUUGUUGCGCAGCUAGCCACGCUUGAGGCCAUGGGGCUUAGGCUGCUUACCAAGUACAUGGGCUGGACAGCGGAGGAAGUACGGGCCGCUGCAGCGGCAGUCGAGAAAGAGCUCCUGGAUUUCGCCAGGGCACCAGGGAGACCAUCGGCGGCGCUGAAGACGAGGACACUCCUUGGUAGGAAGCCCAAGAGCAGUGCAAGAUGGCCUACCGAUUUGACAAGAGAGGCAGGUCGACAGUCGCAGGACGGCACAGAGACGAGUACAACACGUCUCUCAGACCGGACGGGCUCAAAUGUUGGUGCGAGCCAAGCUCAUAGUAGCGUCGCAAACAUUGUCAACGACGAGCAAAGAUAGCCCGAGCUCAGCGGGGCUGAAUGUUGUUGUGCCUUGACUCCUUGGUCCGGAGUCGCACAAUAGUGUUGUCAUUGCCAUGGUCAGCAUGAGUAGAUGGACGACAUGAUAUGCGCAUGGCCAUUUCGGGCUGGCAUCAACGGCGCGAUUACAAGCACUAUAGGGAGAUCGAAGUGCUGUUUGGCUUGCUGCUUUUACUUGUUUAUUUGAGAGAUACCACCUUUUCUUUUUUCUUUUCCUUCAAGCGACAUUUAUACUGGGGCCUAGCCUAGUGCAAUCAGGACAGACAAAUCUGAUACACGAAUCUGACAAUUCUACUAUAUGCACGUUUACUUUGUCCUGUACGGCCUUCGUUUUGAGGUCGUGUGAAGGUUGCAAACCUUGAGUGUUGGAGCUCGAGGUGGGG